UAUAAUCCCAAUCACAAAUGGCUUCAAUGCUCCAAUCAAGAUUGUCACUAUUUUUUGAGUACCGUUUAUGGCAGAACUUUAAAUUAUAAUGGUUUAAACAUCUCAAUGGUGGUUAAACAAAACUACAAAUGCCUUGAGUUAAGCCAGAACUCGUCCUUGUUAUCUCAAGACUGUCAAGCGCUACUUCAACCAAUUUGCGAGGCCGAUUGUUCCCAUAAAGACCCUUGUGUUCAACCGAGUGCUGGGAUGUUUCAGCUCCACGGAAGGUGGAUCGCUAACUUUUUUGCCGAUGACGGUGCAGGCAAAACUUUCAAUGAAAUCAAAGCUAUUUGUCAAAAUUGGAAUUCCGAAGUGGUUUUUGCCAAAGAAUUGAGAGACCUAUGGAGUCCUAAUUGGGUAGUGAAAAAAAAGGGCGGUCCCAAUAAAGAAAUGUACAUUGGUUUGGAUCCAAAUAGCUUGACCAGAGCUUGCACAGCUAAAGAGUGGGUGGACAAUUGCGAAGGCUUGCGGUGGUUGGACGGCACGCCUUAUGAAAGACGGGUAGCGACGUGGGGUGUGGAAACCUAUGGACAGACCUCGGUGGGGUGCUUUAUUUUGAAACUUAAUCCUAGUGGAACGUCCGUGUAUAUCCGAGGAGUGAAUGAUUGUAACGUGAAAAGGUCUGCAGCUUGCGUCAGUAGUUGCUUGUAUCCAAGAUGCCCGAUUCCGCGAACUCUCGAACACAGUGAAAAUGAUCAUGACGAGUUCAAACACAACGAGGGAGACCAAGUCAGGUUAGUGUUUCUCCAGUCCUUGAUGCUUUGAAAUGGAUCUCACUGUACUGAUUGUUCUGACAUCAUAUGUUUUUAUUUUGGAGAAAGUAGUGCAAUAUAUAGCAAUCAAAACUUUAUUAAAGCCCAUGUAAGUCAAGGAAGAA